CUUUUGAACGAACAAUUUUCGGGUCAUAGUACAAUGGAAAAUUCGCAAUGGACUAUUGGCGGACGUCUCAAACAUCAUGCAUCGAUAAGGCCAGAAAAAAAUGCCUUUAUCAUACGUCCUGCUAAAGGACCAAGAGAUGUGAUCUCAUGCCAUGAGAUUUAUGAACAGAGCCUUUCAUUUGCUGCGGGUCUUUUCCAGAAAGGUUUACGUAAAGGUGACACAGUUGGAAUAUCUUUCUUUAACAGCAGACAGUGGCUUAUUGCUACCUUUGGUUGUCAAAUCAUUGGUGCUAUUCCUUUUCACAUCAAAUUUAGAUCAGAGAACGGAAAGGAAGUUAUACGAAUCCUGCAAAUUCUUGGAAAUUGUACAGCAAUUAUUCUAGAUUCUAAUGAUGAGAAGACCAAUAAUAAGUUCAUUGAAGGGCUGGUAAACUGGACAAAUGACAAGGAGAAAACAGUUCUGUGUCAUCUGAAAUGUGUCAUUUGCGAAGGUUUAGAGAAUGAAAUUAUCCAAUGCAUUAAUUUUACCGAUGUUUCAACAUUGGGUUCCGACUUCGACAAGUCACGUCUUCCUGAAACUUGCCCAGACGAUGUGAUAAUUUAUCUAACAACUUCCGGAUCAACUGGUUUACCAAAACUGGUACCGAAGACUCACAUUCAGCUUCUUGAUUAUGGAGAAGGAUCUGUAUUUGCAUGUGGAAUGUCUGCAGAUGAUGUGUUCUUCAAUGACAGACUUUUUGACUGGCUAGGUGGCUAUCCCAUUGUAUAUUUAGUUAGUGGAUCCACCCAUGUCACCUUAUUUGACCAAUUUUCUAUUGGAAGUUUUUCGGAUAUAUGUGGUUUUAUGUGGCAAGUAAUGGAGAGCGAAAAAUGUACAGUUUCGAAAAUGUUGCCAUUGUUCAUCUUCGAACUUUUAAAACGAGAGAACCCGACUUAUCGAUUAAGAAGUAUUGAUACCAGUGGUCUCCCUGUUCCUGUGAAUUGUGCCGAAGUUCUAGGUAGAUUUUGUGAUGAGUUCGUUUCACAUUAUGGUUCGUCAGAGAUGAAUUUCGUAUCCUUUAAGCACGUCAAAAGUCAAUCAGAAUUUUCAGAUUACUGUGUUGGCAAGCCUCUUCCUUGGAUUGAAAUGAAAGUUGUAAAUAAGAAUGGAGAAAUUGCUGAGAAAAACGAAGAUGGAGAAUUAUAUGUUCGUAAUAAGAAGAGUUUCAAUGGCUACUUUGGAAAUCAAUAUGAGACAAAUAAAUCGUUUGAUGCAGACGGGUGGUUUCGAACCGAUGAUGUUGCUUAUAUGAAUGAAGACAGCGAAUAUAUUGUACACGGUAGAUGUUCUGACAUUAUUCUAUGUUAUGGGGCUCCUUUAAAGCCGUCGAAUAUAGAAGCUGUGAUGAUGAAACAUCCGGGUAUUGCUGAAGUGUGUGUUUUGAGGAUAAGUGACCCAGUGUCAUUUCAAAAACCCUGUGUAUGUGUUGUUCCAAAAGAUGGCAUUACACUUACAGUAAAUGAGCUAGAAGCAUUCGCACUAAAAGAUGCAAUUAAUUUGGAGAUAAUGUUGAUAAAAACACGAAAGUAUGUUAUUUUUGAGAAAUUCCCAAAAACUGUUACUGGUAAACCGAAUAGAAAGGAAAUUCUUGAAAUAGCUGAGCAACGAUUACAAUUUUAGUUCAGUUUUAUGAUGCCAACGUUAUACUUCAAAACUCUGGAUGUGGAAAAAUGAAUAUAUAUAUAAAAAGAAGUAUCGCAUAAACCCCCCAAAAUAGUAUUUUUUUAAGGGUUAUAUUCAUUUUGUGACAGAGUUGUAUCUUUCCAUAAGCAGUCUUCUAACUGUCUGAUCCAACACAUUAGCCAAAUUAUACUUUGCAUACAAACAUGUUUUAUUGAAGAAAAAAAAAUAGAGAAA